GCGUGGCAAAAGUAUCGACUCGUGACUCGGGCAUGCUAUCGUGUCACACUGGAAAGCGCGGCGAGGGCAGCCAUUGGUCCCCGUCCGCACCUGCUCCGAUUGGCGCUGUCGUGGAGGGGCGCCAUAACCGUUCUAGUACCGUGGAUAAGGCAUAGAGGGCUAUAGACUGAACAUACAUGGGUCAUAAAGGAUUCGAAGAAGUAGAGGAGAAGGACGCGUAAGAUACUCUGCAUAGGGUAAACGACGCCGUUACGUAUAGCUCUUAACUGGUGCGCGAUCGUAAAAACGUGUGGUGCUAACUGUAACCUUCAAUAGUUGCCACUUGUAGACUAUGAUAAGUGCGCGUUGUGGUGACCGUCGUACGUGGAACCCUGCAUGUUAGCGAUGAGUUCCAAAUUCAUCAUCGAUAGUAUGCUACCAAAGUAUCAUCAGCAGUUCCAUCAUCAGCAAUUGUUCAGCAACCCAUCAAGCACCGCCAUCGAGGCCAGUCUCGCAUCAGCCGUCAACUACAGCUCUUCGGCCUCUCCCGCGGGAUCGUCCCCGCAGCACUCCUCCAGCAGCGCCUCCUCCACGUCGCCGGCAUCCAGGAUGUACCCCUACGUUUCGGCCGCCGCACACCACCACCAUCAGCAACAGGCCGUGGCCGCGGCGGCCUUCAACGCCGCCGCCACCGGGUCCAUGGUGCCGGGCGCCUUCUCGACCUCCGCCAGCACGGCGGCCCUCGCGGCCGCGGCGGCCGUCGACGCCGCCAACGACAAGUCCUGCAGGUACACGGCCGGCCUGGCGGGCAACGUGGCACCGACGGACUCGAUGGUGAACUACACCCUCGGCCAUCACCACCAGAACGGCGUGGCCGUGUCCGCCGCCAGUUCCGUAAGCGCCGCUUCCGCCUCCAUAGCGGCCCAAUUCUACCACCAGGCCGCCAGCGCCGUGGUGGACCCGCUGAACUCCUGCAGCCAACCCACGGCCCCCGGCGGACAGCCGAUACCGGACAUACCGAGGUAUCCCUGGAUGUCAAUCACAGACUGGAUGAGCCCGUUCGAUCGAGUGGUCUGUGGUGAGUACAAUGGUCCGAAUGGUUGUCCAAGGAGAAGGGGUCGUCAGACUUACACCAGGUUUCAAACGUUGGAGCUUGAAAAGGAGUUUCACUUCAAUCAUUACCUAACGCGAAGGAGAAGGAUCGAGAUAGCCCACGCUCUCUGUCUGACGGAGAGACAGAUAAAGAUAUGGUUCCAAAACAGGAGGAUGAAACUGAAGAAGGAACUUAGAGCGGUGAAAGAGAUCAACGAACAAGCCAGGAGGGAAAGAGAGGAACAGGAAAGGCACAAGCAGCAACAGCAGGAGAAGCAGCAGCUGAAGAUGGAGUCCCAGAAUCACUCAUCACUCCACCAGCACCACAGCGACCCAAUGAAGAUCGGUCUCGACAAGUCAGGUAGUUCCGAUCUCCUCAAAGUCUCCAAGGUUCCAUCGUAAAAACGUUCUUGUGACAUGUGACGGAUGGACACUCAGUGUGACACGCGUCCUGUAUAAAAAAAAAACGUGAAACGUGAGAUGUGACGUUGACCCCUUUGUUUUUUAUAGCUUCGUUAUUUAUAUUUUCCGUUUAGUUUUGUAAAUAGUAAUAUGUAGCGUGUUCAUGUUUAUAGUUCUAUGUUAUCCAGAUAUUGAUUUAUUUUCAAUUUGCGAUAUAUUGGCGAUCGGUUUUUUGAUCCGAAAAUUGUGUUAUCGUUGUUGUGAUCUUGUAUUUUUUUAAGUUUCAUCCGUUUUAUACGAAACGAACAAGCUUUACUCGCUGGAGGAAUUUCUAUACUGUUUUCGGUGUCUUGUUUCAGUAUGGUCGUGAAUGGUUUUUCGUUAUCACACAAUAACUUGUUGUUGUUUUUAUCGGUUAUGAAAACUGUGCCAAUUUGCCACCUUUGAUUUUGCGCAAGAUUAAGAGUUUAAUUUCCAAGAAAAAAGGCCGAGUAUUGUUACUCCUAGUACUCUUAUACGUAAUUUGGUGUCAGGGUAGAAACUCUUCAGAUUCACGAAAAAUUCUAUACCGUUACUUGUAAAUGUGAAACUGAAAUUUAGCCAGUAAUUUUCAAAGGUUCCCUUUGUCCCCCACUACUUCGAGGGCCCUUCAACUUUCGAGAAUCCAUUCUAUUUUAUAUCUAAAUUCGUUGGUUUUUCGGGCACUCGAUUCAUUCACGAAUUGAGUAUAUACCUAGAUGCUGUUAACCAGAACUUCUUUCGUCCCUAUAUUCAUAAUUUUCUAAGGUACAUGGAUGUCAAUAUAUAUAGUUAUUGAUUGUCCCAAUGACAAUGAGAAAUAUCCAUAAACCAAAAAAAUAGAUACGUAAAAUUGUACAAUACAUUCAGAGAAAAAACAUGUGAAUCUAUCAGAUCGAUACAUUCUACAGAAAAAUAUUCUUUCGACUUUGUAAAAAUGAACGAGUAUACGCGAUUUUUGUUAAUAUGUUAACAAUACAAGAAAAUAAGUAGGUAUCGAAUAUAAAUGUUGUUCACUCAGAAUAGUGAAUAAACGUUGAAGGUCACUAAAAAUUAAAAAAAAAAUCACUCAUGCGUCCAGAUAUACGUAUUAAAUAUUUAUCAUCCUCUACUUCACGUUUAGUAGGUGAAAGUGUACAAAGCAAUUGUAAAUAUUCUAAUUUAGGGCCAUUGUAAACUUAUAUACAACUAAAUUCCACAUGUACUCUUGCAACAAGAACUGAUUUACGCUUUUUUGAAGCUUAAUAGAUGGCAUUUAGAUCGAUCAACAGUACAUUUGUAGUACAUAAAUUAUAACCGGACUUGCCGUAAUAGCAAUCUUAUCAUCUGAAUUUUUUUUAGUGAUUGUUCGUGAUUACAAGAAAUUUAGAAAUCUAUUUCUGUACAGUUUGUGUGAAUGGCUAUUUGGGUAUGAUUAUGUCAGUAAGUAGUUGUUGGUUCUGUGAAAUCACAAGUAGAUCGCAUUCCCCAGUGACUUUUCGGAAAAUUGAAAAAUUUUCGAUGAUUUUAUUGGUUAGAAAAAAAUUGAGUUCAAAGCUUCUGAAUCGAAAACAAUUGUAAAUAUUAAUAAAUUGACAGCUCUCUAACCUGUGAUAGAUAUUUAAAAUAUCUUUAUGGAUAACCUUUGAACAGGUCAAAAAUGUAUAACUCAUAAAAAUUGUGUGUUAUUGUAUAGGAAACAUAAUUCACAUUGAUUGAAAUAACGCGUUUGUUGUUAUGUUUACGAAAUUCUUGUUAAUUAUUCCUAUUAUCACUGGAGAUUUUUUAUUCAGAACGCCGUUCAUUCUUGGCGAGGUUCAUUUUUCGUGCAAUAUUGUUUGUUGAACAUUUAAAUUACUUCUUUGGAGGCCGAUGUGCAAUUUUAUCGCUUCCCUGUCAAAAAUGGGGAUAGAUACAGAGCCUGAGCAUGGUACAAUCUUUUUUUGGAAUUAUUUCGAUCAGUGUGGAAAUAUUGGUGUAAAUUGUAACAAAAUUAUUUUCCGAAAUUGUUGUUUUCGUUACUUUGGUUUCAUGUCGUUUAUUUGUUUCUGUUGAUUUUUAGAUUUUUUAUAGAAAGGAAUCAACUUUCUUCGAAGUUUCGCGCGCUGAAGUAACUCUGAUUAGAAAUAGUGAUUUUUUCGGUUCAAAUCGAAGCAAAACUGUUUUAUUAGACCGUUCAAUUUUAAGGAGCUGUAGUUUGUGUUUUCCAGAACUUGUCGUAUGAAUGUAUUUAGCUUUAUUCGAAGAGGAACAUUGUUAAUGCGUAAAUAUAAUGUUAGUAUUUAGAUGUAUUUGUAGAUAUUCCUGCAACUUCACUCAAUCUCUCAAUGCCGAAUUAUUGAGUGUAUAUUUCGACCGGUAAGCAUUAAAUCACUGUUUCGAAGUACGAUAAUGCUAUCUCUAGCUUUGAUGCCAUUUUUCUUGUAAUAAUCGAAUGUGUAACCCUAAUUAUGUAAAAUAUACAGAUUGUCUGAACUGAAUAAAUAUUCCUUUCAACAUUA